UCCGGGGCCGCGGGGCGGGAGCGCGCUCAGGCCACCCAGCGGCCCAGGCCGCCCGGCCCUGCUCGGCGAGCGCACCAUGGCGGGCCCCGCGUCCCGGCGGCGGUUGCGGCGGCUGGCAGCGCUGGCCCUGCUCCUGGCGCUGGCCCCGGGGCCCCCGGCAACCUGGGCCGGGCAGGUGCCGCGCCCCGCCGAGCGGGGGCCCCCGGUGAGGCUCUUCACGGAGGAGGAGCUGGCCCGCUACGGCGGGGAGGAGGAGGAUCAGCCCAUCUACAUGGCAGUGAAAGGAGUGGUGUUUGAUGUCACCUCUGGAAAGGAGUUUUAUGGACGAGGAGCCCCCUACAAUGCCUUGACUGGGAAGGACUCCACCAGAGGGGUGGCCAAGAUGUCUCUCGACCCCGCAGACCUCACCCAUGACACUACGGGCCUCACAGCUGAGGAGCUAAAAUCCCUAGACGACGUCUUCACCAAAGUGUACAAAGCCAAGUACCCCAUCGUGGGCUACACGGCCCGGAGGAUUCUCAACGAGGACGGCAGCCCCAACCUGGACUUCGAGCCUGAAGACCAGCCCCAUUUUGACACAAAAGACGAGUUUUGAUAUUCCAUCCUGGGAUCGUGUUCCUGAUGGGGGGCGGGGCAGGGAGACCCUCAGCUGCCCGAGCCUCUGGGCACCCGGACCCAAAUAAAGCAGACGUUGAACCGGGAACCCUGAAUGCUUGUUAUAGUCCUUGGUCGAGUGUUCUGUCCCCAUGGCACCUCCCCCACCCCCGCACACUGACCAGGCGGGUCAGGACGGUGGGGCCAGGAGCGCCCUCGGUGUCACCGUGGAAGUGACUGACUGCUUCAGAUUUCUGUUUUUUUGUACUUGAACCAGAUUCACUGUGACCAUGUUUACUUUAGAAUGAGCACGAAAAUAAACUUCUUAUUUUUCACAA